AGAGGCGCGAUGUUCUCCACAAGUGACACUCUGGCGCUCGUCCUUUCUUCUCCAUAAUCAAGACAUUGACCGAAGAACUGAGAACAGAAAAAGACAAGUGCAAGCAAUAAUGUCGGUCAAGCACGGGAUCAAGACGCUGGGCAUUGUGGGCGCCUCAGGGCAGAUGGGCAACGGCAUCGCCUACGUCGCUGCCACGCGGGCCAAGGUGCCCCGGAUCCUGCUCCUAGACCAGUCGCAGGCGCAGCUGGACAAGGGCCUCAAGUUCUUUGACUCGCUCCUGGCAAAGGACGUGUCUAAGAACAAGCUCUCUCAGUCCGACGCCGACGAGGCACGCGCAUCGCUCCACCCCGUCGCCGACGGCCUCGCCUCGCUGGGCUCGGGCCAGGAGCUGACGCCCGACAUGGUCAUCGAGGCCGCGACAGAGAACCUGAGCAUCAAGCAGAAGAUCUUUAGCCAGCUCGCGACACAGCUGCCCCUCGAGACGAUCCUGGCGACCAACACGAGCAGCAUCAGCGUCAGCAAGAUUGCCGCCAGUGCCGUCAGCCAGAACGCUGCGCCGGGCAGCAAGGAGGUCUGGGAUGGGCCCAAGCGGGCACUUGGACUGCACUUCUUCAACCCGGUGCCCGUCAUGAAGCUCGUCGAGCUCAUCCCGGGGCUCCAGACGUCGCAGGACGUCGUCGAUCGCGCGACGGCCUUUGCAGCUGCCUGCGGCAAGACCAUCACCCGCAGCGCCGACACGCCCGGCUUCGUCAGCAACCGGCUGCUGGUGCCUUUCAUCAACGAGGCCAUCAUCGCCCUUGAGACGGGCGUGGCGACAAAGGAGGACAUCGACACGACGCUCAAACUGGGCAUGAACCACCCCAUGGGCCCGCUCCAGCUCUCGGACUUUAUCGGAAACGACACCGUGUACUACAUUGCAGAGACGCUCCACCGAGAGACGGGCGACAGCAAGUACAGACCCAGCGUCCUCCUCGGCCGCAUGGUUGAUGCCGGCUGGCUGGGCAAAAAGAGCGGCAAGGGCUUCUACGAAUACCCGCCAAAGUAAUCUUAGAGUUGGGGGACUUCUUCUGCUUUUGUGAAUGCCAUCGAAUGCAAAGCAGCGCUUUAUCCUUCUUCAGAUUUCUUUCUUUCGUCGGUUCGAGCUUUGGAUUGUCUGACCCUCGGUUUACAAUCUGGUUGCAAAGAGAUUUACUUGUCGCC